CCGCGGCGGGCGGCGGAGGAAGGCGCAGGGCUGGACUGACGGCUCUCGGGGAGGAGGAGGAGAGAGCAGGCGGCGGAGGAGGGGAGAGCCGCCUAGAGGAGGGAGCAGAGGCGGGAGGAGACACAUGCGCGCUGCCUGCCGCCGCCGCCGCCGCCGCAGUCCUCAGCUUGCCAGGGACAGGAAAGCCUCGAGACCGAGCUGCCACUGCCGCCUCCCCUUCUGCCCCCCCUCCAUUCCGCGCGCCUCCCACACCCUCCUCCCCUUCUUCCAGCAUCUCUCGGUGGAGCCCUGCAGGGACUCGGCCGGGCUGCAGUCUCCCCGACCCGGGGGAAAGCUGUGACCCCCCCGGCAGGAGCGGCAGGGCGGGGUGGGGGGCCCGGGAGAAGAUGGCGACGCCGGGAAGCGAACCCCAACCUUUCGUCCCUGCCCUGUCAGUGGCUACUCUGCACCCCCACCAUCAUCCCCCCCACCACCACCAUCAGCACCACGGAGGAGCCGGAGCCAGCGGCGGGGCCGGAGGAGGCGGCGGCGGCGGCGGCGGCGGGGGCUUCAACCUGCCCUUGAACCGGGGGCUGGAGCGCGCGCUGGAGGAAGCGGCCAACUCCGGGGGGUUGAACCUCAGUGCUAGGAAGCUGAAGGAAUUUCCCAGGACGGCGGCCCCCGCGCACGACCUCUCGGACACGGUGCAGGCAGAUUUAUCUAAAAACAGACUGGUUGAAGUUCCAAUGGAAUUGUGCCAUUUUGUAUCACUGGAAAUUCUUAAUCUGUAUCAUAAUUGUAUCAGAGUCAUUCCGGAGGCCAUCACUAAUCUGCAGAUGCUGACUUACUUAAAUUUAAGUCGGAAUCAGCUGUCCGCCCUGCCGGCCUGCCUGUGUGGUCUGCCUCUCAAAGUCUUAAUUGCAAGUAACAACAAACUUGGAUCGCUGCCUGAAGAGAUAGGUCAGCUCAAACAGUUAAUGGAGUUGGACGUCAGCUGCAAUGAGAUCACAGCCUUGCCUCAGCAGAUAGGGCAACUGAAAUCCCUACGAGAACUGAAUGUCAGAAGAAAUUACCUUAAAGUUUUACCACAAGAACUAGUAGAUCUUCCCUUGGUAAAGUUUGACUUUUCCUGCAAUAAAGUGCUCGUGAUUCCCAUUUGUUUUAGAGAGAUGAAGCAGCUGCAAGUAUUACUGCUUGAGAAUAACCCUUUGCAGUCUCCUCCAGCACAGAUUUGCACCAAGGGCAAAGUGCACAUAUUUAAGUAUCUGAGCAUCCAAGCAUGCCAGAUUAAGACAACCGACUCCCUUUAUCUCCACACCAUGGAGAGGCCACAUUUACACCAGCAUGUGGAAGACGGCAAGAAGGAUUCUGACUCGGGCGUUGGGAGUGAUAAUGGAGACAAGCGAUUAUCUGCCACAGAGCCUUCUGAUGAAGACACCGUUAGCCUCAAUGUGCCCAUGUCAAAUAUCAUGGAAGAAGAACAGAUCAAGGAGGACUCCUGCCAUCGCCUUAGUCCAGUUAAAGGGGAAUUUCAUCAGGAAUUUCAACCAGCGCCUUCCCUUGUGAGUGACAAUGAGAACUCAAGAGAAGAAAGAGACCAAUUUUCCCACGGAACAGACGUUCUCCAUUCGGAAUUUAUAAACUAUAUUAAGGAAAGGACCGAGGCCUGUGAAGAACUGUUACGGAUAGAAGAGGACGCACACUGGCCAUCCGAGGGGAUAAUAAGUUCAUCCAAAGACCAGGACAUGAAUAUAGCAAUGAUUGAACAGCUGAGAGAAGCAGUGGAUUUGCUGCAAGAUCCCAACAGAUUAAGCACAGAUAUUACAGAGAGAAGUGUUGUAAACUUUUACCCUGUGGACUCAGCAGAAGACUUAGAAUUACAAGACUCUGCACUAAAUGGUCAAAUACAGUUGGAGACAUCGCCAGAAUGUGAGGUGCAAAAUGAUCUAACAUUACAGAGUAAUGGGAGCGAGUAUUCUCCCAAUGAGAUGAGAGAGAACUCCCCUGCCAUCUCUCCUACCAACACCAGCACAGCUCUGUUUGGCCUGAAGCCUCGAUCAGUGUUUCUUAGACCACAGAGAAAUUUGGAAUCUAUAGACCCACAGUUUACAAUUCGGCGGAAAAUGGAACAGAUGAGAGAAGAAAAAGAACUGGUGGAACAGCUCCGAGAGAGCAUCGAGAUGAGACUCAAGGUCAGCUUGCACGAAGACCUGGGGGCUGCCCUCAUGGAUGGCGUCGUCCUCUGCCAUCUAGUCAACCACAUCCGCCCGCGAUCCGUUGCAAGCAUCCAUGUCCCCUCACCAGCAGUCCCUAAACUUAGCAUGGCCAAAUGCAGAAGAAACGUGGAAAACUUUUUGGAAGCAUGCCGAAAAUUAGGAGUACCAGAGGAAAAACUGUGUCUGCCCCAUCACAUCCUUGAAGAGAAAGGCCUGGUCAAAGUGGGCAUCACCGUUCAAGCAUUGCUAGAUGUAACUGUAACAAAGGCUCUAUUCACAUGAGACCAGCUCCUCUCCUUUGGGUCGUGGCUCAGACGCUUUUCCGGUCAGAGAUCCUAAACUCUCCUCUCAGCACCUGCCCCCUCCAACCUCCCACUCACUGCUUGUCAGUUCCCCGACUCUAGUUGAAUUGACGGGAGGACACAAAAGAAGAUUUUCUACCUUUCAUAACUGACUCAGACAUUAAGACCUGACAGGUAUUUGCCUAAAACCCCGUGAGGGAGCUGGUUGUGAAGGACCAAGCAGCUCAUCAAUGCCUUCUACAACCUCCUUCAUCCCUUCCAUGCUCACCCACUGCCAUUACCAAAACACCAAGCACAGCCGUUUUGCAGCAAGAUGCAUUUGUUUUAUUAAAACCAAACCAAACGCGAUGUGUAUUUUGGGGG